AUGACCACAAAACACUUCCUCCACGACCCAGCUCACCUCCUCACCACCUCUCUUCACUCCCUAACCCUCACCAACCCGGGCCUCGCCCUCGAUGCCGCCAACAAGAUAAUCUACCGCCGCCCGGGGUACGGCCCUGCCAGCCAGCGCACACACAUCAUCUCGGGAGGCGGGUCCGGCCACGAGCCGUCCUUCGCCGGGAUGGUCGGCCCGGGCCUUCUCAGCGCCGCGGUGGCAGGCACCAUCUUUGCGAGCCCCAGCGCCGAGCAGAUCCGCGCUGCCAUCAUGGGUCGCGUGGAGCACCAUGACGCGGAAGGGGGAGGGGUGUUGGUCACGGUGAUGAACUACACGGGCGACGUGCUGAACUUUGGGAUGGCGGUGGAAACGGCGCGGGCCGCUGGGGUCGAGGUGGAGAUGGUUGUCGUCGGGGAUGAUGUCGGGGUUGGGAGGGCCAAGGCGGGCAAGGUCGGGCGGAGGGGGAUCGCGGGGACGGUGUUGGUGCAUAAGAUCAGCGGGGCGUUGGCGGCGCAGGGUAAGGGGUUGAAAGAGGUUGCUAAGGUGGCUCGGUUGGUCUCGGAAAAUCUGGUCAGUGUCGGCGCCAGUUUGGAACAUGUCCAUGUGCCGGGGAGGGCGAAGCCUGAUGUGAACGCGACCGAGUAUCUAAGGGAUAGAGAGGUGGAGAUCGGUAUGGGAAUUCAUAACGAGCAGGGGUCGAGCAGAGAGGAGGUUGAGCUGCCGGAGCUGGUGAGGAAGAUGCUGGCGCAGAUGCUGGACCAGAGCGACAAGGACCGGGCGUUUGUGAACGUCAACUCGAACGAGGUAGUAUUGCUGGUGAAUAACCUGGGAGGAGUCAGCGUACUGGAGAUGGGCGGGAUCGUCACCGAGGUGGUGACACAGCUAGAGAAGAGCUACAAUAUUCGGCCGGUUCGUAUCCUCAGCGGGAUCUUCAUGACGAGUCUCAACGGACUGGGCUUCAGCAUCACGCUGCUAAACGUAGUCAAUACGGGCAUCGGAAGCGCGAGCAUGAUUGAGCUGCUUGACUAUCCUUGCGAGGCCACGGGCUGGUCGUCACCGGUCUCGACGCAAACGUGGGAGGAGAAAAACACGGCAACGAGGCAGCAGGACGCGUCAGGAGGGGGUAAAAUAAAGCCCAGCGGCCUGACCAUGGACAAUGCCACCGCACAGCAAGCGCUCACGCGAGCUUUGGAGACUGUGGUGGCCGUUGAGCCGGAAGUGACGCGCUACGACACUAUCGUGGGAGACGGAGACUGCGGGAUUGGGUUGCGGAGGGGCGCCGAAGCCAUCCUGAACCGUCUCAAAUCCCAUCCGAUGUCUGGAGACGCCGUGGUGGACGUGACCAACAUCGUGCCCAUCGUCGAGAAGGAGAUGGACGGAACAUCCGGGGCGAUAUAUGCCAUCUUUCUCCAUGCUCUCGUGGGUUCUCUGAGAUCCCAGGGACCCGGCGAGGCCUCUCCUAAGGUUUGGGCGUCGGCGCUCAAGCAAAGCUGCGAUGCCCUCUCCAAGUACACACCUGCACAACCGGGGGACCGCACACUUGUGGACGCCCUGUAUCCCUUCGUUGACGUUCUGGCGCACACGGGGGAUGUGAAAGAGGCGGCCAAGGCAGCUCAGGCGGCGGCUGAGGGCACCAAGGGCAUGAAGGCGAGUCUGGGGCGGACCGUGUACAUUGGCGGCUCUGGGUUUGAACAGGUGCCUGAUCCCGGCGCAUGGGGUCUUGCCAGCUUCUUCCUGGGGCUGGCGGACAUCAAUAGCUGA